GCUUUCCCUCACAACAAUUUGAAGCUGCUGUGCGCUGUUUUGAUGGGUACUUUACCCCAAAGAGAAAUGUGAUUGCUGAGAGGCAUGCUUUUGAGAUUAGAACACAAGGCGCUUCCGAGUCGAACGAAAGCUACAUUAGAGCAGUGCAUUGCCUUGCCGAACACUGCCAGUUUGCUGACAAAAAUGAAAGGAUCAGAGAUCGUCUGAUAGCAGGAAUGAAAGAUAAAAAUAUGUCCAAGCAGAUUCAGUUACGAGCUCUGGAUUCAGAUGUGACUCUUGAAGUUGUGGUGCAGAUGCUUCGUAAUCAUGAACUCGUGCAUGACCCGAGUACCACAGACAAUGUGAACAGGAUUGAAAGCAGAGCGAGAUACAAGCCAGCACCACAUCAAGCAAGACGCCCAAGCCAGCCUGGACCAGCUGUUGGACGAAGCCAGAGCCAGCCAGAUCCAGCCUCGUCCAGACCAAGAUCAGGUCGUGGACGAGCAGGCAGAGGAUCACUACUCUCCACAACAUGCAGGUAUUGUGGAAGGAGGAGGCAUACCAGUCCGCAGCAAUGUCCAGCCCUGGGGAAAACCUGUUUCAAGUGUGGUGGCAGGGACCACUUUGCAAAUGUUUGCUCGGGUUCAAGCCAUAGAGUUCAGAGUGUCCAAUGUGUCCCAGAUACUGAACAUGAUGAGGACCAGGAGGAAGGUUAUUUUCUUGGGGUGGUUGAAGGGCACAAGAACAAGGACUGGACAGUUUCUGUUGAGGUUGGUCAAAGUCAAGUCAGUUUCAAAGUGGACUCUGGUGCAGAUGUUAACGUCAUGUCUCUCCAGCAGUAUGAGCAGAUGGUGCAGAAGCCAGACCUGCUACCCACCUCAAGACAGCUGACCAGUGUUGGUGGUGCCCUUGAUGUCCUGGGAGUAUUCAGUGCAACCAUCAAGUACAAGCAGGUGAGCCUUGAGAAUGAACAUUUCUAUGUUCUGGACACUUCUCAGAAUCUGUUGUCACGCUCCACUGGAGAGAGGCUCGGAGUGAUUGAAUUCACUGGAGAGGUGAGACUGUCUCAGAAUGUGUUUGGUCCAACUGGUUUGAUGAACACAUCACCAAUCAAAAUCAGGCUUGUUGAUGAUGCCGUACCCUCUGCUGUGCAUACUGCUCGUAAUGUGCCAUUCCCACUGCUGAAGUCGGUGAAACAGGAACUGGAGAGAAUGGAGGAUGCUGGAAUCAUCAGGUCAGUCUCAGAACCCACCGACUGGUGUGCACCAAUGGUGCCCGUUCCCAAGGGUGGUGGUUCAGUACGCAUCACGGUCGAUUACAAGAACCUGAACAAGUGUGUGAAGAGAGAGAUCCACCCUAUCCCCACCGUGGAACAGUUGACAGCUGAACUUGCAGGUUCGAGCAUCUACAGCAAGCUGGAUGCCAGCUCGGGGUUCUACCAGCUCCCACUGGACAGGGAGUCGCAGCUACUGACCACUUUCCUCACCCCAUUUGGCAGGAAGGCAUUCCAGCGGCUUCCAAUGGGGAUAAACCUGGCGCCUGAAUGUUUUCAGAAAAAGAUGCAGGAAAUGCUGGCUGGUCUCGAUGGUGUACUGAUAUACAUGGAUGACAUUGUUGUGUACGGUGACAGUGUGACGCACGACGAGCGUCUGCAGGCAGUUCUCCAGCGGAUCGAGUCAUCCGGGCUGAAGCUGAACAAAGCGAAGUGCGAGUUCAAGAAGGACAGCAUCAUCUUCUUGGGCCAGAAGAUCAGCAGCAGAGGAGUGGAACCGGAUCCUGCCAAGCUCGCAGCAGUGAGAGAACUGCAGGCGCCACAGAACGAGCAGGAACUGAGGAGCCUACUUGGAACCGUCAACUAUCUGGAAUGACGUCAGCGAUUACGUGUCCGGCGUGAUCGGCAGCCUGCCCGUGAGUGAUCACCGCCUGGAGGAGAUUCGGGUGCUGCAGGAGAGAGAUGAUGACAUCUGUCGUGUCACCCAGCAGACUCUUCAUGGCUGGAUGGAGGGUCCGAGGGCCCUGCAGGACUACUUCAGCGUCCGGCAUGACCUGAGUGUGGUGCACCUGUCGUCAGGCCCUCUGCUCCUGUACCGCAACCGUCUCGUCAUCCCUUCGAGUAUCAGGUCAGAGAUUUUGAAUAAGCUGCACAAUGAUGGCCACUUUGGUCUAUCCAAAUGCCGACAACGAGCUGACCAAUCAGUCUGGUGGCCCGGGAUCUCUGAGGAUCUGAAGAGAUAUGUGAGCCAGUGUCAGUUUUGUCAGAUAAACAGUCCACAACAGCAUCGUGAGACACUCAUACCGACUCCCGUCCCAGUGUCUGUGUGGAGUCACAUUGCCUGUGACAUCUGUCAUCACAACGGUCACGAUUACCUGAUUACAGUGGAUGUGCUCAGCAGAUACCUUGAGAUUCAACGUCUUCCCCGUCUCACGAGUUCGGCGGUAGUAGAACGACUCAAAACGCUAUUCGCCCGCCAUGGAAUCCCCGACAUGGUAACAUCCGAUGGUGGAACUCAGUUCACGUCACAUGUGUUCCAGAACCUGUCCACCGAGUACGGUUUCCGGCAUCGGAUAACCGACCCUCACACGCCGUCUUCGAACGGCGCCGCUGAGCGCGCCGUAAGGACGGCUAAGUGGCUCCUCCGCCAGCGGGACCCGCAUCUGGCGCUGCUCAACUACCGCGCUACGCCGGUGGAGGCGACAGGCCAGUCGCCUGCUCGUCUGCUCUUUGGACGCGAGAUCCAGACUCGGCUUCCGCGUCCGCGGGUCGUCGAGUGUCAGGACUCUACACUCGACGCCGCGAGGAGGAGAGAUGGCGAGAGGAAGGAGCUUCAACGAAGGAGCUUCAACAAGCAUCACGGAGCUCGCGACUUGCCGCCGUUGCGGCCUGGGGAUGUAGUGCGGGUGCGAACAAGGAUCGACCCGGACUGGCGUGAGCGAGUGACAGUGCGUGAGCGGAUCGGGCGACGAAGUUAUGUGGUAGAUAACAAUCGUCAUACAGUGAGGCGCAAUCGAGGCGCCCUGCGCCUGUCACCGGGGAUCGAGCCUCCCACGGGCUCGUCGGACCUCCCGGUGCCCUUGUCGGUGCGGCCGUCGCCGGGCGUGCCGGAAUCUGUGCGGCCGUCGCCGGGCGUGCCUGUUGGUGUUUCAGUGCGGCCGAGCCCGACUGUCUCGAUGCCGCGGCCGGCUAUCUCUCCGCCGGGUCAGACGCCGGAGCCCUGUCCUUCCGCA